UGUCGAUGUGCUGAUGGCCUUCGUGUUGCUGGAAGUCCUCGCUGAGCUGUCAGAGAGAGCUGAGAUGGCAAAAAAAGUUGACGCCUUCCUGCCAAGCAUGAUGAAGAUACUGGAAGCUGGCAGUGAAGAUGAAAAGCUGAAGAUCAUUGUGGUCUUCCGAAAUAUCCUGGGUCAGCUGAAAAAGGCAAAGGCCAGCUCCAUCGCCAUGAUGCUGGUGGGGAAGGUGCUGCCGCUCUUUGACUCGGAGUGCAGCCAGCUGCGAGAGCUCUCCCUGUUGCUCUUCAGAGACCUGCUGAAGGCUGUGUUGAGUAGGGAUGAGAAGAAGAUGAGGAGGAACAUUCAGAGUGCUCUGGUCCCUCUUCUCUUCCGUCUGAAUGACCAUAUCCCCAGCGUGGCUAAGGCCUCCAGGGAAGCCCUUUUUGCUGCUGCAGAGCUUCUCAAAUGGAAGCAGCUCAAGCACCUGCUGCAGAGAGAGCGGAUGUGGGAGCUUGGAGAAUGCUUGCUGCUGAGGAGGAGCAGCAGGGCUGAAGAGUACAUGCAUCAGAGCCUGCCCUACCUGAGGGACUCUCAGUCCUCCGUGCGCCUGGCGGCCGUCAGGUUCAUCAGGAGCGCCACGACACACAUGAGGGACCAGGAUUUGGAGACUCAGACUGACGUCCUCAGUGCCCUUCAGCCCUUGGAGACGGACAGGGACAUCUCGAUCAGUUCCAUGGCAGCCCACGCUGGCUCGAUCCUAAGAGCUCCAAGGGUGCGGCGAAGAUCAUCGGUCAUUCUCCAAAUGCUGUGCUGCUGGUGCCGGUGAGCCCA